AUGAUUUCGUCAAAUACCCGCGCUACACGAUCCCGUUAUUCUAGUCCUGCGCAAUCACAAAACACCAAAUGGAACGGAGUCCUCGACGCGUCUAAGGGGGCGACCGAGAGCUCAAGAGCAUUUAUGCAGCGCUGGCUAGAGCCGAGCGUGCAGAGCAAGACGAGCUUCGAGGAUGAUGGAUUGGUGCGCUACGGCGUGGUCGAGAACAUGGCCCCCUUGGGAAGUCUGCCAAAACCCAAGAAGACGGGGCCUGAGACGACGUCUGGCGUCAAGAGAAUUAUAUUGAGGCCUUCAGGGGCAAGUGCUGCCAAAAAUGCAGCGCUCGUCGCUGCGACCGACCCAGCGGUGGAUGUUGACGUGGACGCGGAUGUGGAGGCGGAGACGGAUGUUGCGAUUACGGCGAGAGCGGCAAACUCUUCCCCUCCACCUGUCACCCUACCUCCCACACCGCCACGGAGGGUUUCCAUUGUCCUCAGAGACGCAGCCGCAGCAGCUGACGACGAGAACGACGAAGAUUACGAUCCGAGUCGACCGAAACGACGCCAAUCUGGUCGUGUAUCUCUGGGAAAGCGAACGCGGCGCUCCUCAGCCGGCCAUAAGAGCUCUAUUGUGACUAAGCCAACAGCAAAGGGGACAAAAGAGCGCAGAGGAUCCGAGAAAGGAGUCAAGGCAGCCACGCCAGCAACACCCAAAGCGGAAAUUCCAAACGUUAUCAAGGAUUCCGAAGAGGACGAAGACAAGGAGGUAGAGGCAGACGCAAUCAAAGCAGAAGCGACUAUUCACGCAGCUGAACCUGUGGAACCCGAAGAUAAAGAAUUUGCAGACAAGGUAGUUGAGGCUGCAGUGGACGAGGCUCUCAAACACUACCGAUACCCGACCGCGUGGGCGCUGCGGACCCUCUACGACGAAAAAUCGAGUGAUCCCAAGUUCAUUGCCAUGAUUGAGGACGUCUUCACACAAGCGGCAGAUGAGGCUACGAUGCGCAAAUUUUCUAAACAAAUGGAAAAGAAGAAGCGGGAAGGCAAGAAGGACAACCAAGGAUGCUAUUAUUUUAUCCCUCCGACCACCAACAGCAGAUUCACUCCUCACAAACCCAAGGCAGCACCGUACGGCAAGUUGCUGCUUCACAAUCAAGUGGAGGAAGUGGUCGAGGUUGCAGACAUUGAGACAGAUGCUGAGACCGAGGAGCAGUUUGUCGAUGAAGAGGAGGAGAAAGAAGAGAGCAAUCAAAAACCACCAGCUCGAGCUGCCAAGAGGGCAAAAACAUCACAUUCUCGCACUCACUCUUCUUCUUCUUCUACUUCUCAUCCAUCUCAUGCCAAAGCCAAAGCCCAAACACAGGCUCAGUCAACCCGCAACACACCACGAAAAAUGUCUUCAGACAACCUACCUCAAACGCCCUCGCGUAAGCGAAACAGGCGAGAUUCAGCUUCGAGCGACUCAUCUCUCUCAUCAGCUCUCAGCCUGUCGUCGCCUGAGGCCAUGAUGGGCAGCCCCAGCCCGGUUCGUCGAGGGGGUACAGGUCGCCCUGGACCACCUGAACCCGACUCCAGUGAUGCGCCAAAACCUCGGCCAAUCACCACCCGCCGCAAAUCAGUCGCCUCCAAGACAAGUACCACUACCAGCAACAAGUCUAAGCCUAAGACCAAGGCCAACAAGUCUACUAAGCAGCAGCCAUCAUCACCCACCAUUCCCACUUCAACCACCAACACUCACAUUCACAUCAAAACCAGCACCAGCAAUCAUAUUAACGCUGAUGCACCCACAAGUGCGACCAUCAGCGUGAGUGCCGACGCCAGUAUGCCAGGAAGGGUUCCUGCUGCCCAAAUCUUUCCCAAUCUGCCCACAAAGCCCAAGACAGCAAAGAACAAAGCAUCAUCUGCCCCUGCUGAUGACGCUCGUGCCAGUCAUGAUAACGACGAGGCAUUUUGGGACCGGAGGCGCGAUGCGCAAAAGUUUGCCAACAGCGUCAUGGCCCAGGAAAGUUCUGUUCGUGGAGGAGAAAUCGACGAGGAGCUCUUCACAACUCCCGCAAAAUCGACUAGGAAGACGCGUCAAUCCGCCGCUGCCUCUACGGCGACGACGAGGUCCACACGGUCGGCUAGCAAGAGACCUCACGAUGAGGCUGACGCUGCCGUAUCUCCUGUUGCGUGGUCUUUCCAGCGCGAUGAGAGGGACAGCUCAGCCGGAGGAUCACGGGCUGCAACGCCCACGCUACGUCCCCCCAAGAAGCCGAGAACUGGCCUUCGUGUCAAAUCAUCUCCCAUUAAGAAGCGAGGUGGAACUGCUGCUGGAGUGCCUCGGCCCUUGGGAGAAUCCCCUUCCAUCAACGGUGUAGCCAAGGAACAGGUAUCGGAUAAUGAUGAAGAUUGCUCUGCAUGCGGUGCUGCCGGAGAUGUCGUUUGCUGCGAUGGAUGCCCGCGGUCAUUCCACUUUGAAUGCGUGGGAAUGAUACCCUCGGACCAUCUUCCUGACGAAUGGUUUUGCAACGAGUGCUUGUACAAGCGAUACCCCUCGCGCAUGCCCGCCUUCAAGGGUGUUUUUGCUACUGCUCUUACCAACCUGGAGAAGAGCAUUCCUCGCGCCUUCAGCCUCCCCAAGAAAUUACAGACCCGCUUUGAAGGCGUCAAAGCAGCCGCCGACGGUGAUUACGAGGAAGUCAUUACUUCCAAGACGGCCAAGAAAAAGAAUGGUUAUGAAGAGUUGCCAGACUUUUUCAAGCAACGGGAUGAAGGGCAAGCAGUACUCUGCCACGGCUGUCAAAAGCCUGCCACAGAUGUGCGCGCUAUUAUUCCGUGCAGUGUCUGCCCCUUCUACUGGCAUAUUGACUGCCUAGAUCCUCCUCUUGCUGUUCCACCCGUACUCAAGAGCUGGAAGUGUCCUCUGCAUCCGGAAGAGAUUAUGGCUGAUGUCCGUCCACUUGCACCAGCUCACCGUUUUCGCAAAAUCAAGGGAGCCCAGACCAUUGUGCCAGCCCUAUCACGUGGUAUCAAGAACAACGGGCAUAUCGAGGUGGAUUGGAGUGACGAGUCUGAACCUGAAACGCCAAACAACUCUGGCUGGCCAGAUCCCGACUCAUUCGGCCAAGCUUAUAAAUUACCGGCGAAAGGCAUUGUUCUUGAUUUUAUUGAGCAACUACGUCGUCAACAUGCUGGUUACGGUCCCCGUCGUGAUGAGCCCAGAUGGGUACAAAUCGUCCCGGCCGGAAGAGAUCCUAACCGACCUCUUGCAGGUUCUGAGCUGCAGAGAAGUGUGGAUGAAAUGCAGUUAGCUUUAACAUUGACUAGUCUCAAGGAGCGCAAGUCUGACGGCGUCGACCAACUGGUCACAGCCCUCCUGGAUGCCGCUGAUCCUAGUGUGCUGUCGCUCAUGACAAAGACAGACGCCAGCAAUGUUUCCGCUGGCCAUUUGACAGAAAAUGACAAGCGCAGUCUGCGUGCUCUUCUUACUCAGAUGGACGCCAUGGGAAGCCAUAUUCGACAGCUCCUUGGGGAACCUAAUGGCGUUUCCGCUACCAUGCUAAAUGAGGACGCCAUACCAAGCAUCCUCUCCCCUCAGGACUCCGCCAUUGCUGAGCCACUCGACAAGGCUACGGCACUUCCAGUUACUGAACCUACUCCUCCCUCCACCUUUGACCACGCCGAAGGCUCCAUGGACCUUGACUGA